CACAAAAAUAAUUGAUCGUUAAUUAGCGGCGCGCGCUCUUUUGAUCAGUGUGAAAAUUCUCGGUCCUUGCACCUCCUGUGUUUAUUAGUGACUACUGAAGAUCUGGAGAAUGUCGUGCAUCCAUCGUCUAGUGCAGCCGGUUUCUGAGUGACCAACCAGCGAGCAACGUUAGGUCUGAAAUCUGGACCUCAAGUAACAGAAACACGGAGAAACAAGUAUGAGCGGAAGAGUUCACGGGCACCGUGUGAGAGAGCCGCGGGUGGUGUCGCGACCUGGCCCGUCCUCCCAGCGAGGUCCAGCCGCUAACACCUCCUCAAGUCUGGCGCAGGCGUGGGCCGCCUUCGGAGAGGCCAAGAGUGCGCUUGAAAAAUUGAAUUCUUCUCCGCCGGCUAAAUCAAGCCACGCCCACCCUCCACCUCUGGCGCCUCCUCCUACUACAACUGCCGGAGAGACUCAUGGACCUGUGGCUGAUUACAGGGGUUUCCCUCGUCCAGCUAGCAGUGGAAGAAAGAGAGAGGGUUUCCCUAGCGGUCCAGGGAAGAGAGAGACGUCAUCGGGGAAGAAGGAACCCCAGAAGGCCGGGAGUGAGAGAGCAAGUCGCAGAGCCAGGGAGGAAGGGAGGAGGGGGAGGAGAGAGAAAGAUGGGUGUGUCUCAUUGUCCACACCAGCCAGUCACAAAUCCACCGCAAUCCCUUCCCCACACCCUCACACCUCCACCACACUCCCCUCUUCACACCCUCACUCCAACUCCACUGCCAUGUUCGGUCCCCCCGUCAGUUUCGAAUCCCCGAUCCCCCACUCCGGGAAUUCUCCUACUCCGGAGGACAAAUACUCCAAGCCCAGCAGGGUAUCCCAGUCCUCCUCCCCCAAGAUCAACCUACCUGAAGACACUCUGGCGACACUGAGGUCAAAGGUCGAGGCUCAGAAACAGGCUGUGGAGGCCACCAACUCCAGACUCCAGUCUCUCAGACAGCCCCCGGUGACCUCUGCACCCUGCCUAUACCCCCUCCCUGAAGUGACUCAAUCCUCGGGCUCUUCAUCUUCAGCUCUCCCCACGAUCACAUCCUCACACCCUCCCCCACCUCCCUCCCUACCCACCAGACCCAACGGAGUCACAAAACAUCAGCCGACAAGUCACAAAGUUCCCUCUCCCCACAAUCCUCCGCCCAGUAGAAGAGUAACGACAGGGACGACCUCGCGAUCAGUUUCAUCAUCUCGUCCACGCGGAGGGAAAACGGGGGGUCCGAUGGUUAGAAAAGUGAUCCAGGUAGCGCCCCCCGUGGACCCCCUGAGAUCUCGAACCAGACCCAGCAAGAAGACUUUGACCACCACUCAGUCAGAGGGGUCAAGGAAGAGGCAGCUGGUGAGGGAGACAACUCCGCCACAUACUAGGAGCUGGGCUCUGAGGCCGUCUGCCUCGUCUGUGCUGAUCACUGACCCACACGGAGCUGCUGGAGACGUGGCAGAACCAGGGAGGAAAGAGGGGGAGAGGAGAGAGAAGGAUGAGGAGAAAGAGGGGGAGAGGAGAGAGAAGGAUGAGGAGAAAGAGGGGGAGAGGAGAGAGAAGGAUGAGGAGAAGGAGGGGGAGAGGAGAGGGAGAGGGAAAGCGAGGGAGGAGCUGGCCCGGCUGCUGCAGGAUCUAGAGUCCUCGUCCGGGGGAGAGGAUGGUGAGGGGAGGAGAGAGAAGACAAGCAGACACCCUCCACAUGUGACGUCUGCUCUCAAGAGACGGAGAUGGCCGGAUCCUGAAGAAAGGCCACUACCUCCACCUCCUCAACCAAGCCUUACGACCCAGCUCAAGUCCAGCGCUACAUUCGCCAGAAGCAGAGGGAGCGGCGAGUGGAGGCCCGCAAGAGGGAAGAAGAGGAGAUGAGGGGGAGGAGGGAGAGAGAGAUGAGACAGAGAGAUCUGGUCCAGAGACAGCGGAGGAUCCUGCAGGCCAACCUCAGAUCCCAGCAGAGAUGGAGAGAGAAAGACACUGACACAGAACCAGGGACACCUCCAUCUCUUCUGGCACACCCUCCCCCUCCCUCCCUCUCCCCCUCUCCUCCAAGACUCACAACUCACACCCCUCCCCACCUCCCCAGCCCACACUCCUCCACCUCUCCACACACCUACACCGUAUCCCCAAACCCACUGGUACCACAAACCACCAGCGGUCCUUCACCCCCACCCCCUGAGGAGCCGAUCCGGACCACAGAAAGCCAACGUACCAGCCAUGAAGACCGAAUAUUUGCCCUCACUCAAUCAGCUCUGGAACUGAAGAAGAAGAUAGCAGCUGAGGCUGAGAGAGUGAAAAAAGCUCGCUCCAAGACCCCUGGUCACGUUAGCAUCACCGUGACAACAGCGACUCCUCCCCCUUCGUUAACAACUCGCCCGACCUUUGACCUCUCUGCACAGCGUGACAUUGGUUCGUGGCCGGGGGUAGGUAACGUCCACAGGCAGGCACGGCUAACAGAGGAGGUGAGGAGACGAGGGGAAGCUGCCACACAGAUCCAGGCCUUCUUCAGACGGCACAGAGUACGUCGCAACCUUGCGACCUCGCUGGGCAGAGUGGGGGACGGAGAAGAAGACGGAA